GAAUAUAAUUCAGCUCCAAGUUAGAAGACUUUUAGAAGUGUUGUCAUGGGAUGUUGCUCAAUCUGGGAAGUCUUGGCACUAAAUUAUGCUGCUAAGCAGAAACUGGGCUGACACCACCCACAACUAGCUGCAGUUAAUUGCAAGGACUUCUCCAAAGAGCAGCUGUAUACUUACACAAGGAAAGCAGCACAGGAAAAGAUCGGAGGGAACAGCUUCUGCUAUACUAAGAAAGCCAUUGGAAUGACUUAGGUGUUUCAUCUCUACAGGCAGAUGCUGGAGAGCUCUUCCGUCCCUUUGUUUGUUGUCUUCAUCCUGCUUUUCAUUUUGCUGCUCAUUGUGUUGCUCAUCAGGAAAAAUGGCACUGCUGCCCUUAUCUGGAAUGAAAUAAUCCGGGAGAAAGUAACCAAUUUUGUCAUGAAUCAAAGCAAAGAGGAGAGGAUUUUAAAUUUUGUGCUGCAGAAUGCAGUCCGAGGAGAUCCCUGUAGUGUGGUGGACACUAUAGAUAAAUACUGCUCCCAGAAAGAGUGGGCCAUGAACGUGGGCAAUGAGAAAGGUAAAAUUCUGGACAAGACAGUGGAAGAGGUCAAUCCAUCAGUUGCCCUGGAGCUGGGAACGUACUGUGGCUACUCAGCAGUGAGGAUUUCUCGGCUACUGAAGGCUGGGGCUCGUCUGCUCACUGUGGAGUUCAACCCAGAAUUUGCUGCUAUAGCUAAACAGAUGAUUGAGUUUGCUGGAGUACAAGAUAAGGUAAAACUCCUGGAAGGCCCUUCAGAGGAAAUUAUCCCCCAGCUGAAAAAAAAAUAUGAAGUGGAUACUCUGGAUUUUGUCUUCCUGGACCACUGGAAAGACAGAUACACACCAGACACCAUCCUGCUUCAGGAAUGCAACUUGCUGAGGAAGGGCUCAGUUCUUCUGGCUGACAAUGUAAUUUUCCCAGGAGCUCCAGAUUUUCUUAACUAUGUCCGCAAGAGCCCCCAUUUCCAGUGCACUAACUACCCAUCUCAUCUGGAAUAUAUGCAAGUGGAAGAUGCUAUGGAGAAGGCUGUGUUUUUGGGAUAGAGUCAUUAAUAAUCAACUUCUGUUUCAAAUGAUGUAACUGCAGAGGUUAAUUUGUCCAUGCUUUUUAGGUUUCUUAAUUAUUAUUAUUUUUUUUUAUUUUGGAGCCUGCAAUUCAAUAAGCCCUAGUGAUCUUUUUAGGUGAGGUAGAAACCAAAGUAUGUAGUAAGUCAGGUCUGUGACAUUGUUCCACAUUAACUUGGCAAACCCAAGGUGAUGCACAUUGCCUUGCCUUGACCAACACACCAUCAAACAAAGAACAGUCUGCUAUUGUGAGCUCAACCUGAGCAACCCCAGGUUGGGCUUAGGGUGGAGAAAUACAUUACAACUUUUGAAGACUUGUGUCCCCCAGCUAAACUCGUUAAUCAUUAACAAGAAUGGAAAAAAAAUCCAUGUUGCAAGAAAAGACCAUUUCAUGUGCUCUAUUUUUGCUAAAUUGCUAGCAUGCCUCUUGAUACAGUGAAGGCUCCUAUUGUGAGAUCAGAUACUUCUUUGCACAUUUACUGCAAAAGUUAAUUAUCUCUAUGUGAGAGAAAAGAGCACACACUGAAAGAAGACAGACUCAUGCAGUGAUGAGAAAAACAAAACAGAAUUUUGAGAGCACAAAACAAAUAAAAUUAUUAAUCUGCCCAUGCAGAGGCAGGGAAAACCAAAGUAGUAAACAGAUUAAAAUAAACACAGCAACAGGUAACAAAAGGAGCAGACUCUUGCUGAAAGAAUAUAGAACUACGCAAUACUUAACCUUGAGAAAAUGCUGUUUAUCCCAUCAUUGUUACUGUACAUACAUAGUACGUGCUUUUUAGGGGCAGGGCAAGCUGCUUACUCUGAAGUGCUGGGUAUGUUUAAGAUGCUGUACAGAAAUAAAGUCCAGAGAGAAUGGGUUUUAGCAGGUGGGCCCUGCAUGCCUUGGUUAACCUCAGUGCUGUUACACCAUGUGAAUAGUGUGGGUUGUCAUUGAGGAUUCAAAGCCAAACACAAAGUCUCUUAACUUAUCUGAAUGAUGCAGAAAUCUGGUGGCAUUUCCUAGCAUGUCCUGCUGUGAUUAUAUAAGGCAGCAACAGUCACAUUUAUAAAUAAAAAAUAAAAAACAACA